AUGGGUCGCUUACGCCGUUCACGAACGCAUCAUGCUCAGAGAGAUGUAAAACGUGCCUCUCGGACCCGUGCACGCACAAAAGAUCUCGACCAAAUUCAGCUGAUAGACCUGGACCCAAAAAAUCGCGCACGACUUGAAGCACAAGAGAUUGAUUAUGAAAAGCCUGGCUUGGCGCAACAUUACUGUGUAGAGUGUGCGAAAUAUUUUGAGACGGACCAAGCACUCUCCACACACUGGCGAUCAAAAGUCCAUAAGCGACGCUGCAAACAGCUUCGUGAGCCGGCGUAUACGAUUGAGGAGGCCGAAAAGGCGGCUGGUUUGGGACGGGACGACCGACGAGCGGUCAGCAAACCAGACGGAUUGGGGUCAAGCACGCCUGAUCUUGUGAUGGAAGUACAGGCGUAG